GAUUUGCAAUAGACUCAGAGUAUUAGCACAGCAUAGACAUUAUAGAAGUUACGUCACUCAACAAGAUUUUAAGGUUAGGAAAUAGAUCAACAGCUAAUGUAAAAUUAAAAAUAUUUAACUAAAAUAAACAAUUGAUAACCAAAAUGUCUACUCGCUGGUACCCAAUAUACCAAAGAGGCAACCCUCAGUUAAGGGUGUUCUUGCCUAACUUCUGGAUGAAACUUGUACGACCAGAGCCAAAGCAACUCCCUAAUGUAGUUCAGUUUCACUGCUCCAUGGAAAUGACCAAAUACGACAUGAAGAAUUACUUGGAGAAGAUAUACAAUAUCCCUGUGGUUGAUAUAAGAACUAGAAUAGCCUUAGGAAAAUUCCGAAGAGAUAUUGGUAAAGGGUAUAUUGUGAAGGAUGAUGAUGUCAAGAGUGCUUAUGUUGUAUUGCCCAAAGAUAUGAAAUUCGAAUACCCUAAUAUAUUUGGAAAAGAAAAAGAUGGAGAGAGAGAUGAAGAAAAAGCUUUGACAGAAGCUAAGAAAAGCUUCAAAAAUUACAUCGAACGCAAUAAAGACAGAACAGAUGUUCCCAGUUGGUUCUCAAUAUAAGUUAAAUAAGCCCAAAAGAUUAAUUUAUGUAGAUAUAAAUUUAGUAAUAAAAACUGUUAAUUUUA